AUGGCGGAUUUCGGUGAAUACCCGCCUAAUAUGGCGCCCCAGGAUGCCCUGGUCGUGCGAGAGCAAGCCGGACCUGACCACGCCGUGGUCAAAUACUCGGCGGAGGACCUCUCCAGGCCCAAGGCUGGCCCAGCAAACCCCUUCAAAGAGGAAACGACGGCAGCCGUGAAGCGCAAGAAGGUCUUGACAGGUACGGCGGAAGAGACAUACAUUUCGGAGCACACUUUCCGCAGCAAACACAGAGCGAUUGAGCGGCGAGGCGGCCCCGAGCGCGAGUACCAAACUGUUGCGGAGCGCAAGCAGGCAGACGCCCUGGUCCGCGCCUCGCGUGAGAGCAAGGGCAGCGCAACCAUUGCAGAAGGCCCCGGAAGCUAUGUUGGUCCCUGGGCGCGCUACAAAAGGGCCGAAUACGAAGUCGUCGACGAAAACGAGCAGCUAGCGAGCGACGAAGAGUACGAGAUUGUCGAGGAGGACGAGGACGAUGUGGUGGAGAGCGGCACAGUUUUGAAAGCACCCGAAGCUUCGCUGGCGCGCCGCAAGGAGGUCGAAGAGCUGGGCGACGAGACGACAAUAUUCAACGGCUCGCAAGAGCUCGACUACCAGGGCCGAACAUACAUGCACGUGCCGCAAGAUCUGGACAUUGACCUGCGCAAGGAUGUCGGCAGCGUUACAAACUUUAUCCCCAAAAAGCAGGUGCAUGUCUGGAAGGACCACGGCGGCGCGGUCACGGCGCUGCGCUUUCUUCCCGAGUCAGGCCAUCUUCUGUUGUCUGGUGGCGCCGACACGACGGUUCGCAUUCGCGACAUGUACCACGAUCGCGAGCUUCUUCGCACGUACUCGGGCCACAGCAAGGCUAUUUCGAGCUUGAGCUUCAACCGCGACGGCACGCAGUUCCUGUCGGCCUCGUACGACCGCAUGAUGAAGCUCUGGGACACUGAAAAGGGCGUUUGCGUCAGCAAGUUCACCACCGGCAAGACGCCGCACGUCGUCGAGUUCAACCCGGAUCCGGAGCACAGCCACGAGUUUCUCGCCGGUAUGUCGGACAAGAAGAUUGUGCAAUACGACGUGCGCGCGCCGCCGACGGAGAUUGUGCAGGAGUACGACCACCACCUGGCGGCCAUCAACACCAUCGUCUUUGUCGACCAGAACCGGCGCUUCAUGACGACGUCAGACGACAAGUCGCUGCGCGCCUGGGACUACAACAUCCCCGUGCCGAUCAAGUACAUUGCCGAGCCUGACAUGUACCCGAUGACGCGCGCGGCGGCGCACCCGAGCGGCAAGUACGUGGCGUACCAGAGCUCCGACAACCAGAUCCUCGUGUUUGGCGCAACGGACAAGUUCCGCCAGAACCGCAAGAAGAGCUACCGCGGGCACCACAACGCGGGCCUAGGCAUCGACCUCGACUGCAGCCCAGACGGGCAGUUCCUGGCCUCGGGCGACUCGGCCGGCUACGUCUGCUUCUGGGACUGGAAGACGUGCAAGAUGUACCACAAGAUCAAGGCGGGCAACCAGGCGGUGACGUGCGUCAAGUGGCACCCGCAGGAGACGAGCAAGGUCGUCACGGCGGGCCUGGACGGCGAGAUCAAGUAUUGGGAUUAA